AUGUCUAAUAACUUACUCGACCCAAAAGCCCUGCUGGAUCCUCGUCAAAGAUCCCUUAGCGAAGCAGGCACGGUCUCUACCGUUGGAGACAACACAACCGCCGUUCCAAGCAUCAACACACAGACCCCCGAAGAAAAAACCAUUUCGUUCCCUCCCAACACUUCUCCCUUCUGCCACUCCCCCGCCGAUCUGAACAAGCUGCACGACCCCAAAUCUCUGGAUGUGCUGCGCAGUUUCGGCGGUUUAGCUGGUCUCGCCACCAGUCUCAAUGUGGAUGUCACCACCGGUCUCAGCGUGGACGAACUUCAAACAGCCACUGCUUCAGACCGUGUGCGCAUCUAUGGCAAGAACCAACUUCCUGCCAAGAAACCAAAAUCUAUUUGGAGAUUGGCGUGGAUUACUUUCCAGGAAGCUGUUCUUGUGCUUUUGACGGUGGCUGGUACCAUCUCUCUUGCGCUCGGUCUCUACGAAACCUUUGGAACGACGCAUGCGCCUGAUGAUCCUACGCCUGUUGAUUGGGUUGAAGGUGUCGCUAUUCUUUCUGCUGUCGCUAUUGUCGUUGUUGUUGCUUCGCAUAAUGAUUGGCAGAAGGAAAAGGCGUUUGUUAAGCUUAACACCAAGAAGGAUGAUCGUGAGGUCAAGGUUCUUCGGUCUGGCAAGUCGAUGCUCGUCAAUGUCGCUGAUGUCGUCGUCGGCGAUGUCAUGUACCUCGAGCCAGGUGAUUUGAUCCCCGUUGACGGUAUCUUCAUUGACGGCCACAAUGUCAAGUGUGAUGAGUCUACUGCUACUGGCGAGUCUGACGCUUUGAAGAAGACACCUGGUGCCAAGGCUCUUACACCUGAUCCUGCCCGCACCAAGGAAGCUGAUCCGUUCAUCAUCUCUGGAUCGCGUGUUCUUGAGGGUAUGGGAACAUUCAUGUGUACCUCUGUCGGAGUCAACAGCUCCUUCGGUAAGAUCAUGAUGUCUGUUCGCACGGACAUCGAGUCUACACCUCUGCAGAAGAAGCUCGAGGGUUUGGCUGUCGCUAUUGCCAAGCUUGGUGGUGGUGCUUCUGUUCUCAUGUUUUUCAUCCUUCUCUUCCGCUUCUGUGCGAAUCUUCCUGGUGAUGAUCGACCAGCUGAGGAGAAGGCUUCCACUUUUGUUGACCUCCUGGUCGUCGCUAUUGCGAUUAUCGCUGUCGCUGUGCCGGAGGGUCUUCCUCUUGCCGUUACCCUUGCGCUUGCUUUUGCUACCACUAGACUCUUGAAGGAGAACAAUCUUGUAAGAGUCUUGAGGGCCUGUGAGACUAUGGGUAAUGCUACCUGUAUUUGCUCUGACAAGACAGGAACUCUGACCACGAAUAAAAUGACAGUCACCGCCGGUCGCUUCGGUUCCUCCACCUUCACAUCCGACAUUCCCACCUGGGCCUCCAGCCUCCCCGCCGAUGCCAAGAAACUCAUCACCCAAUCCGUCGCCGUCAACUCAACCGCCUUCGAAGGUGAAGAAGAUGGCGUCGCAACCUUUAUCGGGUCCAAGACCGAAACCGCCCUGCUCCAACUAGCCAAGGACAAUCUCGGCAUGCAAUCCCUCGCCGAGACUCGAUCGAACGAACAAAUCGCUGUUAUUGAGCCUUUUGACUCGGCAAGGAAGUACAUGACUGCUGUUAUCAAGGUUCCUACCGGUUACAGACUUCUCAUCAAGGGUGCUUCUGAGAUUGUUCUUGGAUACUGCCAAUCUCAGUUCAAUCCUUCCAACGGCGCCAUUGAUUCUCUGGACCGUAAAGCUGCUGAGGAUGCUAUCGAGGCUUUUGCCAAGAAGUCCCUUCGUACCAUUGGCAUGGCCUACAAGGACUACCCCGAACUUCCCGACCUCGAGAACCUCGCCGAUCUCACCCUUCUCGGCAUCGUGGGCAUUCAAGACCCUGUCCGUCCCGGCGUUCCCCAAGCUGUCCAGAACGCCCGUCGCGCCGGUGUGGUUACUCGCAUGGUCACCGGCGACAACAUCAUAACCGCCCGCGCCAUCGCCACCGAAUGCGGUAUCUUCACCGAUGGAAUCGUAAUGGAAGGUCCCGAAUUCCGCAAACUCUCCGAAGAAGAACUUGACCGCGUCAUUCCACGUCUGCAAGUCCUAGCCCGUUCAUCUCCCGACGACAAGCGUAUCCUCGUCACACGUCUCAAGGUCCUCGGUGAGACUGUCGCUGUCACCGGUGAUGGAACCAACGAUGCUCCUGCGCUUAAGGCAGCGGACAUUGGUUUCUCCAUGGGAAUAUCUGGUACGGAAGUUGCUAAGGAGGCCAGUGAGAUUAUCCUUAUGGAUGAUAACUUUGCUUCUAUUAUUACGGCUUUGAAGUGGGGACGUGCUGUGAAUGAUGCUGUGCAGAAGUUCUUGCAGUUUCAGAUUACUGUUAACAUCACGGCUGUUAUACUGUCUUUUGUUACGUCUAUGUACAAUCCUGACUAUGAGCCUGUUCUCAAGGCCGUGCAGCUAUUAUGGAUCAACCUCAUCAUGGAUACUAUGGCUGCUCUCGCUCUGGCCACUGAUCCUCCUACUGAUUCCAUCCUCGAUCGUCCUCCUCAACCCAAGUCCGCGCCACUCAUCACCAUGAACAUGUGGAAAAUGAUCAUCGGCCAAUCCAUCUUCCAACUCGUCGUCGUUCUCGUCCUCUAUUUCGCCGGCGGUCCCAUCCUCGGCUACGACACAUCCAUCGAAGCCGAGAAAUUGCAACUCGACACCAUCAUCUUCAACAUGUUCGUCUGGAUGCAAAUCUUCAACGAACUCAACUGUCGUCGUCUCGAUAACAAGUUUAACGUCUUUGUCGGCAUUCAACGCAACAUCUUCUUCAUCGUUAUCAACUGCAUCAUGAUCGGUCUGCAAGUCGCCAUCGUCUUCGUCGGUAACCGUGUUUUCGACAUUGACCCUAAUGGUCUGGAUGGUGUGCAGUGGGCUAUUUCCAUUGUCAUUGCUGCCUUUAGUUUGCCUUGGGGUGCACUGGUUCGCUUGUUCCCUGAUGAGUGGUUUGCGCAGUGUGUUUAUUUUGUUGCGCCUCCUUUUGUGGCUGUGUAUAACUGGCUGGCCAAGGGUGGGAAUAAGUUCAUGGGUCUCUUUAGAAGGUCAAAGAAGGCGGAUAGCGAAGAUGGCAAUUCAACUGAUGAGGGCAAGGAGAAGUCGUCUUCUUCUGGGCCCAUGAUUGUUGAGCCAUAG